AUGGCGAACAAUGAUUUGACUAGAGUAAAGGGAACUUCUAUUGUUAAACCAAUUAUAUAUGGAAACACUGCCAAAUAUUUUGGCCAAAAACGACAUGAAGAUGGUCAUACUCACAAAUGGUGUGUAUAUGUAAGGCCAUAUGUAAGUGAAGACAUUGGCACCUGGGUCAAAAAAGUUCAUUUUAAAUUGCAUGACAGCUAUGAAAGUCCAACUCGAGUGGUGCAGAAACCUCCAUUUGAGGUUUCCGAAACAGGCUGGGGCGAAUUCGAAUUAGUAAUCAAGAUAUUUUUUCAAGAUACGAGUGAAAGACCAGUUACACUUUAUCAUGUACUUAAGCUGUACAGUAAUGGACAAGACUCCGAACUAAGUGAAAAACCAGUUUUGUCAGAAUUUUAUGAGGAAAUUAUUUUUCAAGAUCCAUCAACUUUCAUGAAAUUUAUACUCAAUGAUACAUUGAGUAAAAAUCCUCCAAUUGAUGAAAAAAAUCUACAUUAUGAACGCAUAAAGAAGACCACAGUUGAAAAAAUGAUAAAAUCUAGAAAAAGAGUACAAGAACAUACAGUUAUGUACAAAGAACGACUAAAAAAAUUAAGAGAAACGAUAAAUAAAUUUAAAGAUGAAAUUUGUGCAUUGCAAUCACAAUGUAGUUCAUCAACAUUGCGAUAA